AUGAACGUCGAUGACACAAUAGAUGUUGAUGAAUCUAUAGUAGUUAACUUAAAUCCAACACGAUUACAAACAUUAUACGAACAUUUUCGGAAACGAAAAUUAAUUUGGAUAAUAGUUUUGAUUAUUUUAAUUGUUGCAAUUAUUGCUAUUCCAACAAUUAUUGUUACAGUGAAUAAAGGAAAACGAGAAAAAACAUCAACAAUACAGAUAUCAACAGUAGAAAUAAUAACAGCAACAUCAGCAGAACACAUAGCAACAGUGGAGAAAACAGAAGCAGUAGCAGCAACAACAACAACAGAGAAAAUAACAGCAGCAGCAGCACCAAAACUAACAACAACAGUGAGCAAACCAGCACAAAUAAUAACAACAGAGACAACAACAACCGAAGAAUUAAUUCCUUUGGUUAUUAUUAAUGAAAAGACGAAAUGGAAACAAAGUGCAAUUACUGUUGCUGGAGGAAAUCAACAAGGAAAUGGAUUAAAUCAAUUGCACCAUCCUCAUGGUAUUUAUAUUGAUGAGGAUAGUGAAAGUAUUUAUAUUGCUGACAGAGUAAACCAUCGUAUUGUUCGAUGGAAAUUUGGUGAAGACAUUGGUACAGUUGUUGCAGGCGGAAAAGAACAGGGCAGUAACAUAGAUCAAGUGAAUGACCCAAUAGAUAUUAUUCUUGAUAAAGAGAAAAAAUCUCUCAUCAUUUGCGAUAAAAACAAAAGACAAGUGAUCCGAUGGUCUCUUGAAAAUAGUCAGGAUAUAGAACCAUUGAUACGUGAUAUUACUUGCUGGGGUUUAGCAAUGCAUAGCAAUGGAGAUCUUUAUGUUUCUGACCAUAAUGAAAAUAUAGUCAGACGUUUGGAGCACGGAAAUAAAGAAGAUACAGUUGUAGCAGGUGUGAAUGGAAAAGGAAGUCAGUUGAAUCAAUUUGAUGAACCUAACUAUAUCUUUGUCGAUAAAUAUCAUUCAAUUUAUGUAGCGGAUUAUUUCAAUAAUCGUGUAAUGAAAUGGAUGAAAGAUGCAACUGAAGGGACUCUUGUUGCUCCAGGAGAAGCUUCGGGUGAAAAUCCCAAUUUAUUAAGUCAACCCAUAGGUGCGAUUGUUGAUCAUGUUGGUAAUAUUUAUGUAUCGCGUGAAAGAACUCAUCAAAUAACACGUUGGUUACCAGGUGCAAAAGAAGGUGUUCCUGUCGUUGGUGAAAAACAAUCUGGAAGCGGACCUACGCAACUCAAAGAUCCAAUUGAUUUUUUAUUUGAUCGACACGGUAAUCUUUAUGUUGCUGAUGCAGACAACCAUCGAAUACAAAAAUUUGAAAUUGAUCUUGACUAA